AUGAUCAGUUAUGACACACUGUUCACCAUCGCCAAGACUACAGCCAUCACACAGAGACCGCAGCCAUCACACCGAGACCACAGCCAUCACAACGAGACCACAGCCAUCACACCGAGACCACAGCCAUCACACCGAGACCACAGCCAUCACACCGAGACCACAGCCAUCACACCGAGACCACAGCCAUCACACCGAGACCACAGCCAUCACACCGAGACCACAGCCAUGUUACAAAUUACAAUUCGACACUGCAUUACCAUGAUCAGUUAUGACACACUGUUCACCAUCGCCAAGACUACAGCCAUCACACCGAGACCACAGCCGUCACACCGAGACCCCAGCCACCACACCGAGACCACAGCCAUCACACCGAGACCACAGGCAUCACACCGAGACCACAGCCAUCACACCGAGACCACAUACAGCACAACAAGACCACAUACAUCACACCGAGACCACAGCCAUCACACCGAGACCACAGUCAGCACACCGAGACCACAGCCAGCACACCGAGUCCUUACUGCCUCGAACCCCAAACCCUACUGCUUCGAACCCCAGACCCUACUGCCUCGAACCCCAGACCCUACUGCCUCGAACCCCAGACCCUACUGCCUCGAACCCCAGACCCUACUGCCUCGAACCCCAGACCCUACUGCCUCGAACCCCAGACCCUACUGCCUCGAACCCCAGACCCUACUGCCUCGAACCCCAGCCCCUACUGCCUCGAACCCCAGCCCCUACUGCCUCGAACCCCAGCCCCUACUGCCUCGAACCCCAGACCCUACUGCCUCGAACCCCAGACCCUACUGCCUCGAACCCCAGACCCUACUGCCUCGAACCCCAGACCCUACUGCCUCGAACCCCAGACCCUACUGCCUCGAACCCCAGACCCUACUGCCUCGAACCCCAGACCCUACUGCCUCGAACCCCAGACCCUACUGCCUCAAACCCCAGACCCUACUGCCUCGAACCCCAGACCCUACUGCCUCGAACCCCAGACCCUACUGCCUCGAACCCCAGACCCUACUGCCUCAAACCCCAGACCCUACUGCCUCGAACCCCAGACCCUACUGCCUCGAACCCCAGACCCUACUGCCUCAAACCCCAGACCCUACUGCCUCAAACCCCAGACCCUACUGCUUCAAACCCCAAUCCUUACUCCCUCGAAACCCAGACCUUACUCCCUCGAAACCCAGACCCUACUGCCUCGAACCCCAGUCCCUACUGCCUCGAACCCCAGUCCCUACUGCCUCAUACCCCAGACCCUACUGCCUCGAACCCCAGACCCUACUGCCUCGAACCCCAGACCCUACUGCCUCGAACCCCAGACCCUACUGCCUCGAACCCCAGACCCUACUGCCUCGAACCCCAGACCCUACUGCCUCGAACCCCAAACCCUACUGCUUCGAACCCCAAUUCUUGCCUUUUAAAUUCUGUAACUUGGGUCACACAUUUCGGGGAGACGUCCUCACGGUCAUCAGAGGAGCGGAUGAAAACUGGAUUGAAGGAAAGCUGGGAGAUAAAGUUGUCAUUUUCCCUCUCCAGUUCCCUGAGCCAAUCACAGCGGCAGCAGCCAAGCUUCUGGAGGGAAAUACCUGGAAGGGGAGUGACUUCCCGGCUGGAUCUCGCCCACGGAUCAGGAGUGAGAGUGGGUUUAGCAACAGCGGGACCGGUUACUCAACAAACCCAAACUGGACAACCUGCUUCAGGGCGCCCCAGAGCCCCACGAAGACCCCCAAUAUUUCUGCUCUCAACCCCCCCACCAUCACCCAGGAAAAAACGCAACGAGCUGCUAAUAUCAACAGUGUGUACCAGCCGACCCAGGGGCAGGGUCAGCCACCCAGCGUUAGUGCCCUCAACAGCCUGAACCUUCAGGGUGACCAGAGCCAGCCGUCCCACCCCUCCGCCCCCCCUGCUAAUCACAGCUCCUCUAACCGCUCAGGCUCAGGUGUGACCUCCCAGCGCGUGAAGCGAAGCACUGGAAGACAUCUGUCACAAAAGGGCGAGAGGAAGAUGAGUAGUGGUGAAGCUCCUCCCACCAUCACCAUGGCUCUGAUCAACCCCCAGACCCCCUCGGCCUCAGCCGACACCAAACAGUCUUCAACUCAGCAGCUCUCCAUUAGUGUGUGUGCUGCUCUGUACUCUUACAAGCCCCGUCGGUCUGAGGAACUGGAACUGAGGAAAGGGGAAAUGGUGGGGGUGUAUGGGAAGUUUAAGGAGGGCUGGCUCAGAGGCCUCUCUCUACGGACGGGCAAAGUGGGCAUUCUGCCCGGCAACUACGUCACACCUGUCCUCAAAACCUCUGCCAGGCUCUUGGAUUCCAAGGCAGUGACGGCAGGCCCUGGUACAGUCUCUGGAAAAAGAACCUCCUCGUCCUCCAAAACGCCAGCGGUGGUUCUAGCUCUCGACAGGGUCAACUCAGAUGGAACUAGUUACUCUACUGGACAACGGGUUCCGCAGCCGUCUGUAUCCAUGGCCACGCAGCCUAUGAUAUCAUCAGGCGGCGCCACGAAACAAUCCCUGCAUGGGGUGGGCUCGGAGGGAUGGGACACAGUGAGGAGGGUCUUCCAUCGUUCACACAGAGGCUCAUCUCAGCGGGGAAAACACUACCCCCACACCACCAUCUCAUCCAGCUCAGCCCUUCAAUCUCAGACCCACAUUCAGAGCUCGUCCCAGAGCUCGUCCCAGAGCUCGUCCCAGUGCAGUAACCACUACCCCCACACUACCACCGCCACCUCAGGCCUUCAGCCCCAUUCUCAGUCCCAAUCUCACAGCCAGAACUUCAGCCACAUCCAGGGCCCUGGCUUCUCCCCUGCUCUGCUCAGGAAGAAACAACACAUGAGCAUCCUGCCCAAUCACUACAGAUCUCUGGCCUGGAUGUCUGAAGGGCCAGCGCCCCCUAGUGGUAGUUUUAUGAAGGACAGGGACACUGCUGCCAGAGAGGUGUUAGAUAGGCAGGUGUUGGAGACGAGGUGUAACGCUGUAACGCACAGCGUUGAGGUGUUGGAGACGAGGCAAGCAGCAUCGAAUGGUCAGCACUCCAUACACUCUAUCCUAGUGAGACCAGACGCCCUCAAGAACAACACAGAGAAGCCCACCAAGUCAGUGCGGUUCCUGACCCAGCCUGAUUCCCCUCCACCACGGCCCAGGACCACCUCCCUGCCCUCGGGUAGCCAGCCCCCCGCCAGUACCCGGCCUGGUCCACCUCCCCUGGAGGUCUGGGCUCCAUCACUCACACUGGGGCGAGACGGGCCUGGGAUCAUACUGAAAGAAGGCAAGGCUCCUGUUCUUAGGAAAGGUCUGGAGACAAACCCCUCUGAUGUUCUGACUUCCAAUCAGAAACCUACCUCUUCAUUAUCAUCAUCAGCACCAUCUGCAUCAAUACGGUCCAGCAGCCCUAGCAGACACAGAGUAGCGACGUCCUACCAGGCCCAGACAGAGUCAGAAAUGAGCCUGAUGCAGGGUGAGCCUGUCCUGCUUCAUAGACAUCGGCCCGACGGACAGGUUCUGCUCACCCAGGAGAGCAGUGGCCACACGGGCCUCUUCCAUAGCAGUGUUCUACAGUUCCUAGACCGGUUCAGUUGACGGCCUGUAGUGUUUAGUUAUUAUAUGUGUGUUUUUCACAUAGAAAUAGAAUGACUAGAAUGGGGGAAACUCCUUAUUUGAUAUACAACUCAUAGACUCAUGGGUACACUCAAUAUGGCCGCCGGCCCACCCCAUCACUUAACGUUGACUUGAAAAGGAAUGUCCAUUCUAGAAAUUCUAUUUCUAUGGAUCUCCACCUGUUGACACUGCCAAACGAGAUGCCAAAUCUGUGGAAGAGUGUGCGUAUGUAUUUUAUGUGUGUUGAAAAUAAUAUAUUAUAUUACUGCCAUACCAAAUACAAAGGGAAACAUUUUUCCCCUUGAGAUUCCUUGGACCUGUUUUAAACUGUAGACACAUAACUAUACGCUUCUAAGAUAUAUUUGUGUAUAUUUUGAUGUGCAGAAGCAUGAGUUGCACAUAGACCUACUGUAUACAGUUAUUUUUACCAAUCCGUUACACAAAACCACCUCAGACCAAUGUUUUGCAUAAAGAAUGAGUUUUCUUUAUUCAAGAGCUAAAGGACACACUGCUCAGUGCCUUUGCAAAGCCCACAGAGUCUAGAUUUGAAAAACAAUAACAGUGUUUUUACCAGAGGCUAAAUGUAUAUUAAGUGAUGAUCAUAUAGUGGUAAUAAACAAUGCUUUUUUUUGCUGAAUAA